UUUUGUUUAUUUUUUUUUAGAUGAUGAAGAUAACAAAUUUAAAGGAAAUGCAAGCGUUCCGCCAUAUCACUCCAUAAAUCAACAUGUGUUAACUGAGAACUGGGAUAAUGAAAUUAGUGAUGAUUGUGUCCCAGGAUAUGAUCCUUCUCAAGCAAAAAAGAAUGGAAUUUUCCCAGACAUGUCUUUAACUGGGUUAAAACCUGCUGAGAGGAAAAAGUAUUAUAAAGAAAUGCAUAAUCGAGGAAACAAUAAUGAAGAAUCUCAGAUGGAUGUUAAGAAAGAAGAGGUUGUCACAAAACCAAAAGGACUACGCCAACCAAGAGCUCAGCCUGAGGCUCUUCAACAACAGCAACAGAAGAAAGAAGCACAAGUUAUGUGUAACAUUGGAAUGGGUCGAGGUGCCCCUUUACAAAACAGACGUAUUGCUGCCAAUAUAUAUGGAAGAGGUACUGUGGAUCCUGACUCACAGUCUAGCAACCAAGUUCAAGGGAACAACUUUUCUCCUACUGGAGGAGAAGCAUUCUUGGGGAUUGCUCGUGGCAGGGGAGUUUCUUGGACACGUGCAGGUGCUGGUGAAAUAAUGUUUCCAGGACAAAUAUUGGGAGGAAUGACACAACAAAGCCCAGUUCUUGGACUUGGCCGAGGUAUUUUAGCUUCACAGUAUGCACCAGGGGCAGUUCCUGGCCAAGCAGUUGACUUCCCCCCACUUCCUCCAGGAGAAGUUGAUGACGUACCACAGACAAGUUGAUGAUCAGUUAAUGUUUUCCUUAAUCAUCCCAUUCCAGACUAAUGACGGGAGCUGAAGAGAAGCUGUCUCCUUGUCUCCCAUGUUUUUGGAUAAAGAUCGGUACUUGAAAGGAAGACGUUAAACCACAAUAAUGAAUUGUUUGUUUAUGUACUGGUGAUCAAUGCUCGCAUGGGUACAAAACUCGUUUGUGUUCUUUGUGCUCAGAAUCUAUUGUAGUGUUUUAAAAUGGUUUAUUUACGAAAUUUUAUUUUUUGGUCAUAUGACAGUCAUUUCGUUUAGAGAGAAACGAAAUUACUGUAUUUAUCGACAACCACUUAUAUGGGAAUGUUUCUCUUUAAAUUUUCUUUGUAUACUUCAACUGACAUACAUUUUAAACACAUGAAGCCUGUUGGAGCUGCUUAACAAUCCUCACGUUUAAUAGGCAGAUGCAACAGAAAUAGAGAAUUAAGUUUUCUUGAAAUGUAAAAAAAAUUCAAAAAUAGUAUAUACAUUCAGUAAUAAAUCAUCAGAGAAAACUAAUUUUUAAAAACUCAUUCACUGGUCAAUUAAUUAACAAAUGUUAAGUAAAGUUUUACUUUAUUUUCAGUAACUCAGUGCAUUGAGUAAUAGAGAAAAUCCUCGGAAGUAACUUGUUUAUAAGAAAAAAAACCUGAAGUAUAGCCAUCGCCUUUAUAAACUGGGUAAUCUUUAUUAUGUUAAGUAUUAUAAAGUGUUUUUCACACUGUCAGAUGAGUGUUGAAAAAAGUUCCAUAACUUCCAUUUAAUUAGCAGCAGAAUGAAAGAUAUGCUAAGCCUUGUUGUAUAAUACUACUAUAUAUAUUGUUGUUGGAUCUUUCCUAAUGAUAACUGAUUAGUGUUUGUUUCUACACACGUCCCGAAUAAAGCAUUUUGUAAAGGGUUGUUGAAAGUUUUAAAUGUUGAAUCAUGUCGUGUUUCUGUUAUUUUAUGGAUUUUAUGGUGUUUUAUAUUGAUGAAAAAAGGAAUUUUUGUAUCAAAACAAUGUUUAAACCUUCUAUUUGUGUGUGUAAAAUUGCCAAUUUCAGUUAGGUAAGAAAUAUGUUGGUUGUUUUUCUGUAAAUCUACAACAAAAGACCAUCAAAACAAUAUUGUUGACCAAUAGACCAUCAAUAAAAUUAUUGUUUGACCCAUGCA